AGACGCGGCUUUUUGUUUUGCCUGUCGUCAUUUUUUUCACAGUGUGCAUGGAUCUGGUGGUCACUCAGAAAAGUGCUUCACCCAGGAAGGGUUUAAAAACUGGAGAAAAGGAGGAGAGAAACUGGCGCAACAUAACGCCAGCGCUUCUCACAAAGUGGCAAUGGAAGGGUGGUGUGAAUUUAAGGAGAGAGAGAAAAACGGAUCGAGGAUUUUGACGCACCUCCAUGACGAUGGACAUAAGAAAAUUGUUAAAGAAAACAGGAUCUAUAUGCGAGCAGUUGUUGAGUCACUGCGCUUUACAGCUUGUCAAACCAUUGGUCAGAGAGGCCACCGAGAGAAUGAACAGUCCACCAACAGAGGUAAUUUCCUUGAAAUGUUACAUCUGCUGGGGAAGUUUGAUAGCACUGUAUCCAAAAAAUUAUCUAGUGGGCCAGGUAAUGCAAAAUAUGUCCAUCAUGACAUUCAGAACGAGUUAAUUGAUAUAAUGGCCUGCAUUUUGAGAGAACAGGUUAGUAACGAAGUUAAGCUAGGAGAGCACUUUACUUUAAUGGUGGAUGAAACAAAAGAUGUGAGCAAAAAAGAACAGAUAUCUAUUGUUCUGUGCUACAUACACAAUGAUGACAUUUAUGAAGAGUUUCUUGAUUUUGUUCCAGCUGAUGGUUUGGAUGCAGAGUCUUUACUUGUGACAGUGAAAGGGGCAUUGGCUAAAUUCAAUAUAGACAAAAAUGCAUGCGUUGGACAAUGUUACGACGGGGCAUCUGUAAUGUCUGGCUGCAACAACGGUGUUCAGGAAAAUUUUCACAGAGAAGUCCCACAUGCAGUGUACAUCCACUGCCAUGCACACAGAUUAAACUUGGUUUUAGUUGACUGUGUCCAUAAUGUAAAACCAGUUGCUGACUGCUUUGCCACAGUUCAGCUACUUUACAACUUUUUUUCUGGUUCAUUAACUCACAAAGUGUUCAUGGAGAAACAAACAGAACUUGAGCCCACUAAAAGAGCUGUGGAAUUAAAACGUCUGUCAGAUACCAGAUGGGCAUGUCAGUACUAUAGUCUUUGGGCAAUAAAGCAAACCCUCCCUAGCAUCUUAGCCACUCUUGAGGAAGUCAGCAAUCAAACAAAUAGCCAUAGAGCUAUUGAGGCUAGAUCACUAAAUGGCUUGAUUGAUGCACAGUUUGUUUUGCAAAUCUACAUGCUGGAGAACAUAUUUGGGCUCACAAAAACUUUAUCUGACCAACUACAGGCCACAGAUUUAGAUUUGGCAUCCGCCAUUGAUCUGGUCUUUGCACUGGUUGAAGUCAAAGAAGAACGCAAUGGUGAAACUUGGACCCAUUUGUGGCAGGGCGCAAAUGACAUGUGUGAGAGAGUGGGCAUUGACAUGCAGCGCCAACAGGCAAAAAGAAAAAUAAUACAGCCCUCCCACCUGCAGCAGUUUCAUGUCAGUAAUAGCCACACAAGGAAAAAGAUACUGCAAACACCAGAAGACUACAAAAUCCAAUGUUUUUUCCCAGUACUUGACCGUUUAAUCAGUGAAUUGAAUAGGUGCUUCUCUGCUGACAGUUGCCACGUUAUGAAAGGAGUUGCAGCUAUUAAUCCCAAACACAAGACCUUCCUGCACCAAGAUGCCCUUCAACCCAUGGCUAGGCACUAUGGCAUAUUAGAAGACAACCUUUCAGCAGAACUACAUCAACUGAAACGCCUCAUUGACAGAAAAAAACAAAAUGGGGUCUCUCUCAACAGCACCCAUGACUUGCUGAUUCUAUUGAGGCCAUACAAGGAGGCUUUCAUUGAUUUAUACAAACUUGUGUGCAUCUCCAUGACACUGCCUGUAUCAACAGCUGCUUGUGAGAGGAGCUUUUCCUGCUUACGGCGUUUAAAAACCUACCUCAGAAACAAAAAUGGCGAUGUCCGAACCAGCAAUCUUGCUGUGCUGGCAAUCAGCUCAAGAAGAACAAAAGAGAUGGAUGUAGAUGUUGUUAUUGAUCGCUUUGCAGCCAAUCAUAACAACAGGCGAAUUGUUCUCUUUUAAGUGGAAAUCAUACCUGUGGAGAAUGGAGAGAAGACAGGAGGAGACUGGACAAAAGAGGAGCAGAGAAGAUGGCAGGAAGAGACUGGAGACUUAAGAGGAGCAGAGAAGAAGACAGGAGGAGACUGGACAAAAGAGCUGUCAAUAUUGUAAAUCACACCUGUGGAGACUGAAGAGAGGAGAGAAGAUGCCAGGAGGAGACUGGAGAGUAAGAGGAGUAGAUAAAAAGACAGGAGGAGACUGGAGAGUAAGAGGAGCAGAGAAGAGGACAGGGGGAAACUGGACAGAAGUAGGGCAAUCAAAAGGUGGUGUCAUGGGUGUGGCUAUGGCAAUUAAAGUUUAAGCAUAUUGUUUGCAAACUGCAAUUGAUUAAUUAAUUAAAAACAAAGUAGUUGAUAUGCUGUGUUGUUUUUGUUGUUUAGUAGCAUAAUAUGCAGUUAUUAUGCAUUGCCCCCCCAAUCAAAAUUGUCUGGAGCCGCCACUGCUCCCACCCUCUGGAUUAAUGGCUUUGGUGACAAACAUUUUAAACAAAGCGCCCUUCCCCCAUUUCAAAUUUGUCAAGUGUUGCAGAGCAAGUGAGUGCCUUUUAUACACACACGAUGAUGUAAAAAUUAUACAUUGAUAUAUAAAUGGAAUACAAUCGGUUUGUUGUUUUUGUUUGUUUUUCUUUAACAUUUUUAUUUUAUUUCUUUGUCUUUAAGGAACAUUGGAUGGCAGUAAAGAUUCUGUACAGUUAUUGUUCUAAUAAUAAGGAGCCAUAAUGUUACAUAUCUUGGUCAAUUCUUUCGAGCUGCUUUACAGCUUAACCACAGUUUGCAACAUCAGCAGUUAUUGAAAUGAACUGAAUCAACACAGAUCUGCUGAUAUAAAUAAAUAGGCCUAAAUAAAUAGCAAAAACCAAGAUUGGGUUUGUACGGUUCAUUUGAACUAUAAUUUAAUAAUUUAUGUUAUGAUGUUAUAGAGGUACAAUGUACAGAUGCCUAUAUGUUUUGCAUAAAGUAAGAAUAUUUAAUAAAGAAUCUUAAACUUCCAAUGUUAAACAUGUUCUCGUCAUUUUGCUCUAACUGCAGUCAAAAUACAAAUAGGCCUAUAAAAUAUUUUUAUGCAUUGUGUAGCCCAUUGUGAA